GUCCCUGAAUGACAGGGGAGCGCAUGGUGGGACGGUGGUUCCUGCAUCACGGAGGUGAGGUGGCUCAGUAAAGAUCAUGGUCAAGCUUCAUUGCUUUCUUCUCAGUUAGUCAAGAUUUCUCUCUGAGGCUGGGAUUUACUAGUGACGCCCAAGUCCAGAGACGCCCAUGUCUGAGUGCUGGACUGGCUGUACCCAAUUCCUAGCUCUGUGUUUUUUCCAAAGCCUUCUAUUUAAGCAUCAUCCUAGCCAGUUUAGCUGUAGGCCAGAGUCCAAUGAUGAGCUUCCUAAUCCCGAUACCAUCCUGUACACCUGUCUCACUCAUUCCCAGCAUCAGGCUUGUCACCUGCAGCCUCCAGUUACCCUGCCAGUCCCUGCAGGCUCUUUUGAUAUUUUGGUCUUUUCUCUCUGCCCAUCCUCACAAGAACUCAUAUUUUCCUGGAUGUCAUGCAUAGACCAGGGGUCUAAGCAAAGCCAGAUGGGAGAAACAAAGUGAGGUGCAGUGAGAUUUGGUCCAAAAGAUUGCAAAAAUUUUGCAGGGAAGGGUGUGUUGCCACCUUAUCUCAUGCUGCAGCCUCUAGUAUGGGUUUGUAUAUCUGGUCAGCUUGAAAAUGUCACACUUUUGACAUUGAUGUGUUCACGGGCAUUUGUAGAAUAUAUCAUGUGAAAAAUGGACAAUUAGGACAAAAUUCAGCUGCAGAUUAAGACACUUGGAUUUCUACACCUGUCUGACUAAGACACUUGCUUGUCUACGCAUGUACUAGGUGGUUAUGGCCCAAUUAUGAUCAAUGGAGAAACCUGGCCAAUGCUUGCAGGGAAGCCUGGAGAUGAGUUCAGCCCAAGUAGACACGAAGUGGCUUAGCCAUGCUGGCUAAAUCUGAGGGAGUUCAGACACCCAAGUAGGGUCUUAAUCUGGAGCUGAAUCAUUCCCUCAAGGUACAAGUCAUUUAGUUGUACGAAGAUCCCUCUUAAACUGUGUAAACAGGUUACAGAAUGUAUUUGUCAAUACAGCAUACAUGCUAUGACAUUGAAUAUGUACUUAACUGCUCUUGUUGUAAUCCAGCCUUUUUUAGAUCUAUCUUUCGGGUUCUGCCACUGCUUCUUGUUCUGUCUCCAGUGAAUUCAUCUAGUUGUGCAAUGGGAAAUAAAACAACUGAAAUCCGUGUGAAGUACGAGAAUAUACUAAGCCACGACAUCAAUGAGCUGGUAAAUAUGUCUGCAGACUAUCGUGACAGGUGCUGCAAGAAUAAAAAACAGGAAAAUAGCAAAAUGUUUUUCUGCAACGAUACUCAGGAAAUAGAGUCACUACAGAGUAUGGCAUGCAACAUGCUCAGAUUCUUUAACAAGCAAAAAGUCAACAAAGACUUCAGAUGGAAAGCAGCAUUAGUCUCGUGUGGGACAUUACAGGUUCUACAGUGCAAAUGUGAAAGACACAAAAAAGAAAAGGUUUGCAUGCAGUUAAAUGCGCAUAAUAAAGAAAAUACAGAACAGCCCAGAAGGAGAUGUAACCAUGAAUUUUGUGAACUGAAAGAAAAUAUAUCUAGCCUUCGAUCCUGCUGGAAUAAAUUUGAAAAAAUAAUUUCCAGGUGAUUCCAGGUGAAUCCUGCUCUUUUCUUUCAAAGUGGCAUUACUUGGUAUCUUUGCAUUUUAUAUGCAUUCUUCGAGUAACUCUGCUCGUUUGUAUGAACACUUUAUGCCAGAAUUCUGAGGGAAAGCUACUGUACCUUGUUCCUGGAGACAGAAUAGAUAGAAACGGCUAAGCCAAGCCGCUGAAGCCCAAGAAGUGGAAAUGAAAGACCAGCGUUUGAAACAGAGAACUCUGCAGAAGGCUGUGUCCCACCUUUGUGCUCUGGAAACUACUUUGAAUUUUCUGAUCUUUCGAGCAACUUUAUAAUAUCGUCAUAUGAAAGCAAUCUACUUACAUGUCUACUGCAAUUUAUAAAAACAUCCUACAAGCUGCAGGUGAAGAAAACCUUACAGAAAAGUAGCUGGUUUCUUUAUAUCUGUAUAAAAUGCAUCAGUAUAAAACGCAUCAAGGACCAAAAGGAACAAUUUAGCAAACAAGCAGCUGAUCUCGGGUCUGUUCUGCUGAUGCAACGAGUCCAGCAUGGGUAUCUAAUGGGUCUGCAAACUGAUUGAGGUUUGGAAACAUAGGGAAAGGGUUAACUUUUUGAAAAACUUAGGAAGGGUACUGAUAUUUGAGAGAUGUAGCACAUUUCUACUGGCUGAAGUAGAGGCAGGACAGCGAGACCUAUGGAAGGCGAAAAAGAAGAUGCCUGAAUGUAAGUUUGUUCAGCUGACUGGAAACAGCACUACCCUUAGGUAUUUGGUUAUCCCAGAGUUAGCUGCAGGAGGAGCUAGAAUUUCUUACCUUCAGAUUGUGAUUUCUCAUAUGCAAUUAUUUUAUGUAACGUGUUUAACAUGUUAGACAAACGUGACUUAAAGUAUUUUCAGAGAAUAAUAU